CCACCACAUCCCGCACGAGCAGUGUGAGGAGGGCGAGAUGCCUAGGUCUAGCCGCCGCCGCCGCCACCCCUGCUCGACGGCGGUCGGGCCACUGAACGACGACGACCUGCUCCGCGAGAUCCUCCUCCGCCUGCCCCCGCAGCCCUCCUCCCUCCCCCGCGCCUCCGCCGUCUGCAGGCGCUGGCGCCUCCUCCUCUCCGACCCAGGAUUCUCCCGCCGCUUCCGCAUCCACCACCGCCGCAACCCUCCCCUCCUCGGUUUUUUCGUCAGAAAUGAAGGUCUGCCCUUCCUACCUUCCCUCGACGCCCCGGAUCGUGUCUCCCCCGGCCGUUUCUCCUUGCAGCGCGGGGACGGCGACCGGUUCAAGUCCCUUGGAUGCCGCCAUGGCCUCAUACUCGUCUCCAACAAACCUAAGAACCAGAUCCUGGUGUGGGACCCCGUCACCGGCGACCAGCACCGCCUUGACAUCCCCCCGGUGGUUGCGAUACAUGCGAAGAAGACAACGAUCAAUGGGGCGGUGCUUCGUGCUGAUGAUGCCCGGCACUUCCAAGUGGUGUUGACAGUGGCAGACAACGAUGACAAGCAACACAGACGAGCCCUUGCCUGCGUUUACUCGUCAGAGACUGGCGCAUGGGGUGAACUCGUCUCAACGCAGCUUCCAUCUGGCGUUCCAAUGAGUAAUGCUGGCACCUUCGUUUCUACUUACAAGCCUGCUGUGCUGAUUGGGGAUUCCCUUUACUGGAGGCUUGGUGGGAAUUUUACCGGAAUUCUUGAGUUUGAUUUGGAGAAGCAAAGCCUAGCUGUCAUAUGGUUGCCAGUGCAUAUCCUUGAAGAGGGCCAUUACCUAUUCUCGAUUAUGCGCGCAGAGGGUGGUGGCCUUGGUUUACUCCUCCAGACAGACUUCAGCAUCGAGUUAUGGAAGAGGAAAACUGACUGUGAUGGUGUUGCUUCAUGGGGGCUUGGAAGAACCAUUGAACUGGACAAGUUACUUUCUCUGAAUUCAGAGGAGAAUGAAAUAAUGAUUCAAGGGCCCAUGGGGGAAAAUAAUGUGGUGUUCGUGUGGACACAUCACAUCCUCUUUACGGUCCAUCUUGAGUCAUUGCAGUUCAAUAAACUUCCCGGAGCCUACCCCCUUUUUUAUUAUCAUCCAUUAGAAAGUGUCUACGCUGCAGUGGGAAGUUGAAGAUGACUACGUGAGAAAUAUCGUGAACUCAAUAGGUAUCUAGGGUUACAUUCCGGUGGCCAAGAUGCAGAAAUUGAUUGUGUGCCGUAGGUUCUUCCGUUUUGUAUGCUGUUCAUGGGCGUGUGCUACACCCAGAAUUUGGCCCUCUGUACUGGUCAGGUGUGAAGUUGUAUGACUAGUAGGAGCUAAUCGCUUCGUUUGCAAACUUACGUGCGUAUUAUCUAUGUUCUGUAUGAGGACACAGUGACUUGCUUGGAUUAAUAGUUAGUAUUGGCCAUGUCGGUCACUUGCGGGUCAUUUGCUUGAUGCGUCUGGAGCAAGCACGAUCAGGCAAGCUCAACUGUCAGUCUAGUGUUGUGUCAGGUUGAGUUUUCAGGUUUCUAUAUCCCUGCUGAUGUUAUGUCCCAUGGUGCUAUCGUAUUAGAUUAACUUCUUUUUUAUCAUCACCAAGGUGGCCGAACCCCAAUUUUGUUACCAGAAAGCCCUCUGCAAUCUAUUAUGCCAUGAAUUAUUUCAGUGGAGUUACAUCCAAAAGGUUGUAGGUUGCUUGGAAGUAUUUACCCCCACUGAGUUUUCCAUCCGCAUCUCUUUAGGUAAACAGUGUAGUAGUAAACAGACAACAACCUUCAGAACUGCAUACAAGUCGCACUGUAUCCUAAUUGCAAUUUGUUUUCUAAGUA